CCAUGUUCUUCCUCCUCAACAUUCAAUCCUUUCUCUCUCUCUACUGAUCAGAUGGAUAACACGUUCCUGUUCACUUCGGAGUCGGUGAACGAGGGCCACCCGGACAAGAUCUGCGACCAGGUGUCGGACGCGAUCUUGGACGCGUGCUUGGAGCAGGAUCCGGAGAGCAAGGUGGCGUGCGAGACGUGCACCAAGACCAAUAUGGUGAUGGUGUUCGGGGAGAUCACCACCAAGGCUAAGGUCAACUACGAGAAGAUCGUCCGCGACACCUGCCGCGCCAUCGGCUUCGUCUCCGCCGACGUAGGCCUCGACGCCGACCGCUGCAACGUGCUCGUCAACAUCGAGGAGCAGAGCCCCGACAUCGCGCAGGGGGUUCACGGCCACCUCACCAAGAAGCCCGAGGAGAUCGGCGCCGGCGACCAGGGCCAUAUGUUCGGCUACGCCACCGAUGAGACCCCCGAGCUGAUGCCGCUCACCCACGUCCUCGCUACCCAGCUCGGCGCGCGCCUCACCGACGUCCGCAAGAACAAGACCUGCCCCUGGCUCCGGCCCGACGGGAAGACUCAGGUGACGGUGGAGUACCGGAAUGAGAGCGGCGCCAUGGUGCCUGUCCGGGUCCACACCGUGCUCAUCUCGACUCAGCACGACGAGACGGUGAGUAACGACCAGAUCGCCGCCGACCUGAAGAAGCACGUGAUCGAGCCGGUGAUCCCGGCGCAGUACAUCGACGACCGCACCAUCUUCCACCUCAACCCCUCGGGCCGCUUCGUCAUCGGCGGGCCCCACGGCGACGCGGGGCUGACGGGCCGCAAGAUCAUCAUCGACACCUACGGUGGGUGGGGCGCCCACGGCGGCGGGGCCUUCUCCGGCAAGGACCCCACCAAGGUGGAUCGCAGCGGCGCGUACAUCGUGCGCCAGGCGGCGAAGAGCGUGGUGGCGUCGGGGCUGGCGCGCCGCUGCCUGGUGCAGGUCUCCUACGCCAUCGGGGUGCCGGAGCCGCUCUCGGUGUUCGUCGACACGUACAAGACGGGGAAGAUCGGCGACCGGGAGAUUCUGGCGCUGAUCAAGGAGAGCUUCGACUUCCGACCUGGAAUGAUCGCCGUCAAUCUCGACUUGAAGCGCGGCGGCAACAUGAGGUACCAGAAGACGGCGGCCUACGGCCACUUCGGCCGCGACGACGCCGACUUCACCUGGGAGAAGGUCAAACUUCUCAAACCACGUGCGUAAUAUAAUUCAACGUACGUACGUACGGUACGUACCAAAGGAAGCAUGCAUUCGCCGUGAAACGCUGCUUCACCAAACCUACAAUAUAUUUAUAUAUUUAUUAACUAAUUAAUUGUCUAUCUAUAGAUCUUUACAUGUUUGAU